CGCAGGGGGUGGGACGGGGUGAUCUCCAGAGGCCCCUUCCAACCCCUGCCAGUCUGGGAUGCUGUGAUCUUUUCUAGCAAUAUAAAGCAGAUUCCUUGACAGAAGCCGUAUCCUCUCCUGCAGAACCCUGGCCCAAUUGUUAAUACGACAGCAUAACAACUGGACUCAACUAAAACAGAAGCCUUAAUAGCUCCUGCUUGUGGGCAUUUGGUGGAAUCAGAAUUCAGCUCAGAUUAGACUGUCUCAGCCAACUCCCCUCUAUUAAGUCAAACAUUUGAUUAUUGAUCAGCAUAGCCUACAGUCAUUAAAAAAAACCCAACCAAACCAAACCAAAAAAAACCACAAAAAACCCAACUGAAACCUGAAUCUAGAUCUGCCUUUGCUCGUUUAAGUCCAUUUCUUUUUAUGGAAAAAUAGAAAAGUGGUCAGUGAAGUAAUGCUACCCAAAUGGAGGAAAGUUACAGUACUUUAUUUUUUACACAGAUCCUCUUUUGCAGGAUUCUACGUUUUGUGUCAUUCAGUUUCACUCCUGAUGCUUAAGAUCAGCUAGAAGCUCCAAUGGUGGAUAUAAGUGCAAACUGCUGAUCGAGAGAGGUCUUCAGUGGCUUCUGGACACAGCUCUGAUUUUUGAACUUUUGGGAAAUGCAUUUACCACAGAGAAGGCGGCUACAAUGGAACCGAAUCUUUUUCUUGCUUGCCAUAGUGUUGGUGUUCUCUCUCUAUCAGCUCCAGUUCAGCCCCUCCGCCCUUCCAGCACCACACAGAGCACCCCAACCCACGGACCCUGUCAAAGUGACCUCCAGGGACCUCUCCAGCAACAGGACUGCCGUAACAGGCAAUGUCACAGCAGCACCCAAAAUAAGGCACUGUGUAUAUGUGGAUCCUGAGCCAACUGUGCCCAUCACGAUAUCAGUGGAUAUAACACCACAGCGAGAAAACACCAGUGAAAGCUACCCAGAUGAAAAACCACCACACGAGUCCAAAGGAGAAUAUCCCCAGGACCUAUUCAGUGUGGAAGAACGCAGGCAAGGGUGGGUUGUACUUCACAUCUUUGGCAUGAUAUAUGUAUUUGUGGCCUUGGCCAUAGUGUGUGAUGAGUAUUUUGUCCCUGCUUUGGGAGUGAUCACAGAGAAGUUGCAGAUCUCUGAAGAUGUGGCUGGAGCCACCUUCAUGGCAGCAGGUGGAUCAGCACCAGAACUCUUCACCUCCCUCAUAGGUGUCUUCAUCUCACACAGCAAUGUGGGCAUCGGUACCAUUGUGGGCUCAGCAGUGUUUAAUAUCCUCUUUGUCAUUGGCACCUGUGCCCUCUUCUCAAGGGAGAUACUCCACCUGACAUGGUGGCCCUUAUUUAGAGACAUCUCAUUCUACAUUGUAGACUUACUGAUGCUCAUCCUGUUUUUCCUAGACAGUGUCAUUGAUUGGUGGGAAAGCCUCCUUUUACUGACUGCCUAUGCCACAUAUGUAUUCACUAUGAAACAGAACGUGUACCUAGAACAAUGGGUGAAGCAGGAGCUGAACAAGAAGCUAAAUGCUGUGCAGGCAGCAUCAGCAGAGCAUGUACGGAAGAAAAGCAGUGGGGCAGUUGCAGAUGAUGGAACAAAGAAGCCAGCAGAUGGGAGAAAGCUGCAGCCUGCAUCAGCCUUACAGCGAGGCAGCAGCUCAGCCUCCCUACACAACUCUCAAAUGCGCAGCACCAUCUUCCAACUCAUGAUCCACACCCUGGACCCCCUGACGGAAGCAAAGUUUAAAGACAGGGUUGACAUCCUGAGCAACAUAGCCAAGGCCAACGUAGAGACUCUGGCUGGACAAGGAUCAAAAGCAGAAGCAGAAGAGGAAAAGGAGGCACCAAGCACCGUUCAGGUAACUCCUGCCAGCGACUCUGAACCCAGCAAAGACAAACAGAAGGCAGACGCACCGCAGGACAGACAGCCCUCUUCAGACAGCGAUACCUCAGAAGAUAGCAGCUCUGAGAGCGAGGAAGACAGUGAUGAUGACAGCGCAGCUGAGGAUGAAAAUGAUGAGCCAUUAUCUCUCGAAUGGCCAGAAACUAGGAAAAAACAAGCAAUUUACCUUUUCCUCUUUCCCAUUGUCUUCCCUCUCUGGAGCACUCUGCCUGACGUUAGAAACCCAGACUCCAAAAAAUUCUUUGUCAUCACGUUUCUUGGAUCCAUCAUCUGGAUUGCUGUAUUCUCUUACCUCAUGGUGUGGUGGGCUCACCAGGUUGGCGAAACGAUUGGGAUAUCGGAGGAAAUUAUGGGGUUAACCAUACUGGCAGCAGGAACAUCAAUCCCUGACCUUAUCACCAGUGUCAUUGUUGCACGGAAAGGCUUAGGCGACAUGGCUGUCUCCAGCUCUGUAGGCAGCAAUAUCUUCGAUAUCACUGUGGGUUUGCCAGUCCCUUGGUUCCUUUAUUCUGUCUUCAAUGGGCUCAGUCCAGUUGCAGUCAGUAGCAACGGUUUGUUUUGUGCAAUUGUUCUCCUCUUUCUCAUGCUCCUAUUUGUGAUUAUCUCAAUCGCGGUAUGUAAAUGGAAAAUGAACAAGCUACUGGGGCUCACCAUGUUUGCUCUUUACUUUGUGUUUUUAAUCAUCAGCGUGAUGUUAGAAGACAAGAUAAUAUCCUGCCCAGUAUCUGUAUGACAUUUGGACACUUCAAGAUAUAUGUAAGCAUAUAUCAAAAUCCAAAGGGGCUUAAGGUAGCAAUUGUUCUACUGAAAAAAGCAACCAGAAUUAUAACAAACUUACUGAGAAUAAAAUACCUUUAACACACUUAAAAAGCAAUCUCAAGUGUAUGUCAGCCUCUACUAUUUUUCUUUAGGAUCAGAAAAGUUCAGAUAAUGAAGUGACCAAUAUCAACCAACACAUAUGUUUAGGCAUUCAUGGAAAGGGCAGUAUGAUGUACAUGCGGGAAGUUUUCAGUAUGGCUGAUCCCCUCAAGUUAAUUUACACAUUAUAGAAAUAUUUUCAGGAACACACUGUAAAAGUACUUAGCAAACUCACUGAAACCGAUGAACUUUUACUUCAGUGGGAAACAGAAUCAGACCUCUACAGCUUGCCUUUACAGAACUACUCUGCUUAAAAUCAUUGUGCGGACGCACAUUCUGCAUCUCAGAAGUGAGCUCCCUCGAACUGCAUAUAAACACAGAGCACGGCGGUCCCCAAGGUUUGUGCUGCAGCUAGUUUGCCAUGACUUCCCUACACAGAGGUAGUCUUCAUCCCUUCAGUGAAGGCCACUACAAAGCACCCACAGCUGGUACUCUGCACAUACCUCCAGGAAAGCGUGCCCAGAACAUGCGAUGCACUUCAGAGGAAGUGCUUUUUGCUGGCCCUCUUCAGGCUGUGGCAAACGGAAUGCUAAGGUUUUCAAGGGAAAAGCAAAGCAGUAAGAGUUAUUUCCAACAUGCAGAAGAACACAGGAUUUGAGAGCUGCAGAGCGAUCCUGGAAGCUAUCUACAUGGCUCCUUUUAAAUCUGUUAUCUGAUCUUGCAAUACAAUCCCUAAAACUUAUGGUAAGUGCCACGUACGUGUGAGGUCACAUGGAUUUACAUCUUACUGUAACGAGCCUAAAGGGAUCUGGAGUUAGAAUAUCACGUUACCGCUAAAAAGAACUAAAACCAGGCAUCAGAAAUACUACAAGAAAUUGAACUGCUUGAGUGUUUUUCCAUCCUGACACUAACCUCUGAAAUUUACAGAUUACGGUAUCCAGCACUAAUUCGUGUUGUUAGCACUGCCUUCCACGUAACCGCUAUGAAAAACCACCACUGACAUCGACUAUCAACAAACCUGAAAGGUUUAUUGUUAACAAUGCCUCAUGAGCAAACAAUGUAGUUAAG